UUGAAUUUAGACAACAAUUGUUAGUCUAUAAACAAAUAGAAACGCAUAAUUGAGAAGCAAUUGACGUGAGAAUAUCGAUUCCAAAAUGAAUAUGCGACAGCAGAGAAUCACAACUUCACAACAAGAAGUUUACCUUAUUUAUUUAAUGGAUCAUACCGAUUUCGCGGCAGCUCGAAUUAAAGAUUGUGAAGCAAAGUAUGAAGAAAAUUGGAAGUCACUUACAAAAUUGCUCAAUGCCACACUCGGACCAAAGAAAACUGUCGACGAAUGGAAGAUGGUGUUUUACAAUUGGAAAGGACAAUUACGUACACGAGCAAAGAAAUUGAAACAAAUUCAGGAUGGUAAGACGGGAGUUGAUGAUAAGCUUGCAUUACAAAAACUCACAGAUGUCGAAAAGCGAGCUCUCAAAUUAUGGAAGGAAGAUUUUCAAGAUAAAGAUAUUGCAUCGAUACUAAAUGAAAUUGAAAAUAAGGAUAUAACAAUAACGCCAAUAAACAAACAGAAUAUAAACAUAAAGAAGCGCAAGGCAAGCGAUUCAAUAAUAAUAACAGGCAAUACACAACUUGUAGCACCGUCACCAACUCCAACAUCCUAUGCACCAUCAGUUGUGUCAGUUCCAAUAACAAUCACUCGUACCAAAGAUGAUAAUCAACAAGUUGAUGAGCUAAUCAAUAUCAAAUUGGAGCCAUUUGAGGAAUUAUUGACAAGCAAUACACAAUUGAGGAGUUCCGCAGACAUAACAGUCCAAGAGAUCAUGGAUUGGGCAAAAACAUUUAAAAUUCCACAAUCAGCAGUGAAUGAGCUGCUACAAAUAUUGAAAAUAAAACGCGUCAAAACGGAGAUUAAGAGCGAGACACCAACAAAGCCAGCUGCCGAUCAAGCGCAAGCAAACUCUCUCCAACAACAAUCUAUAGGACUGUUUUCGAAAAUUUAUCAGCGCAUUGAGACAAUGGAGCGCAAUUUAACAAAUCGAAUGACUCUGCUGGAGCGUAAAGUCGAUAUGAAGAAUUUGCAACAAUUAAAAAUCCAAAGUGUGACGCCAAAUACAACUCCGAAAUGAGAUACAGUUCAGCUGGCAGCAAUUAUCAGGAGGCCAGAGCAAACACAACAAUUUUUUAAGCUUGUUAGGAAGGUUUAAGCACAUCUUUUUAAUUUUAUUUUACUUUUUCGGGGUCAUUUACUUAUUUU